AUUAAUAUGAAUGUGCAAAUUCUCUCUUUUAUACUCUGUGUAAUUUCAGUUCAGUGUAAGAAGCCUUACAGUACACGACAGCAAGCUAUCUGGAGACUUGAAUGUGAACUGGGGGUUAUCAAUGAUCCAGAAUGUCCCGUUGAUGGAGGAUGGACAUCUUGGAGCCCUUGGUCACCCUGUCAUGGAUCCUGUAACGACGCCGGUCACCAACAAAGAACGAGACGGUGCAUUAAUCCUCCGCCAUCUCUAGAUGGAUUACCGUGCAGUGGCUCUGAUGAAGAAACUAAGCCUUGCUACAUAUCAAAUUGUACUGUUAAUGACUACCGCAAACUAACUGAAGGAGAUUCUGUACGAUUGGAAGCAUUACGUCAACUUGAAACGGUUCCUGCUCUUAUGGAGCGAUGCCUGCAGAUGGAGUGCCCCUUUGAAGCUAUCGAAGCAGCACUGGCUACUGAUAAUACGUGGCAAUUAAAUCCCGAGGCACUUUGGAAUGCACUUCAAUGUGUCAAACACAAUAUGGGUUGCCCUGUGAUAGGCGAAUGGGGACAAUGGGGUGCCUGGUCAGCUUGCGGUUCACUUUGUGGAAAAGGUCUUCGUUGGAGGCUCCGACGAUGCGACACUCCACCUCCUUCAGCUGAACAUUUAGUUUGUACAGGAAAGCCGCUUCAGGCGGAAAAUUGCGAUGGUGAUCAAUGUGCAAUUGACGAUACGUUUCAUGACGUUGCCGGAACUUGGACGGAAUGGAGACAAUGGUCUACGUGUUCAGAAAAAUGUGGCGCUGGUGUAAGACGUCGUAGAAGGUCCUGUAACGAAAAGUAUACACCACGUGCUUCAGAAAAUUGGGGCACACAUUGUAGAGGUCAGCACGAUCAAUUAGAGAUUUGUGAAAACAAGCGUUGUACACUGGAUGGGGGAUGGUCAGCUUGGGGCUCUUGGGGUCCUUGCUCCCAAAGCUGUGGUGCAGGUAAACGAUCAAGAUCCAGAUCGUGUACCAGACCCAUACCAGCUAAUGGUGGAAUUAAUUGCGUAGGCUCUAGAAUCGAGGUUGGAUCAUGCCAUCUGUCUCCAUGUGAAGUUCAUUCACAUACUGUCGCGGUAUUAAAUGGAGAUUCAUUUCUAAAUUACUUCUUUGAAAGUAAACGGUCUACUUUAUUCCAUUUCUAUGUUCGAUUUAUGCCAUUAUCACCUCAUAGUACUUUAGUACGUCGAGGUACUAUACACAACCCACUUGUGCGGCUUAGCCUUCAAAAAUGGCAUAUUUGCUUAGAUGCUAAUGGAGCUUCCAAAUCUUGUGGUCUUCCUCGGAUGUGUUCAACUACAAUUAUAGAACCAGCCGUGUGGCAUACAGCUCUUAUCACAAUUACAAGUGAAGCUGCUACUAUUAGACUAGAUGAUGAACACGUAGCUCUUAGAAGUACUUUUCCUUGCGACCCAGAGCUGCCUGAUGAUGAAAUGUAUAUCACAGUAGGAGAAAAAUUUCAUGGAGAAAUUCAAGAGGCGUUUUUAAACUUCAUUCCCUUGAAAUUAGUAGUUGAUCCAGACUAUAGUGUAGCAAAGUCAGAUUUUACUCCAAGUUCCACAUCAAAUAUAGCUUAUGAAAAAGCUAAUAUAGAAGAAGCGUAUUUGAUAUUACAUAACGAUCAAUACUUACGAAUACCGUGUUUUUAUAGUCAAAAUGAAUGGCGUUUAGAUAUUACACUGAAAUCGAAAAAGGAAGUUGGAACAAUUUUGUUUCUGCAUGAUGAACCUAGCGGUAGUUGGUUUUAUAUUAUUCUACAAAAUAAUAGGUUAAAAAUGAAGCUAUUAAUAGGAGAAUAUCGAACUGAAAGUGGAAGUUCAGCUGAAUGUCCCCAAGACCAAUGGCUAGAUAUAGCCAUUUCGAAAAAGAAGGAUGCAAAUACCAUUGAGGCAACUAUAAACGCUAAUGAUCAUAUUCAUGUAUCUAUUGUGGAUGUAACUUUACGGAAACGACGAGAAAGUCAUAAACUGAAUUUAUAUCGUUGGCAUCAAAUAUUAUUAAAGAAAAACGUUUCAAAAAAAGAAAAUCAAGCUAACGAUAGCGACACCCCCGUAUCGCUUUCCAUAUGCAAUGCCGAAUUUUAUAUAGGUGGUGUACCAAGAGAAAUAAGGAAAAAUGUACCGGAUGACUUUGUAUCUUACAGUGGAGUAUUAGCAUCAUUAAGAAUCAAUGACGAAUUACAAGAUCUUCACCGCUUUAGUGUGGAAAGAUAUAAAGAUGACAUGGUGCAAUUAUCAUCUAGGACCGCAAGUAUAUCCGGCUCCUAUCAUGAAAUCGCUUGGGGAGACUCCAACCAAUUGAAUCUAACAUGUCUCCAUGCAAGAUUUGUACGAUCACCACAUUCAGCUCAUUGGUUAUUUUUAGACACAACACUGAAUGGCGUUUUCAGAGGCAAGGCGAUGCAAUCGACGGAUGAUGGAAAAGUUCUGAGAUUAGUCGCUUCUGUCGAUAACAACCUCAGAGGAUUCUAUACAUGUCGAGUUCAUUUUAACAAAAUAACUCAUAAUAUUGUCACAUUCGGUGUGAUAGGAAAAAUACAGUAUAAGUUAACAGGCCCUGAUACUACCACAGCUAUUGCAGUUAUUACAACUUUAGCUCUAGUUAUCGGAACACUUAUCUGGCUAGUUAUAGAGGGCAUUCACGAUCUACGAAAUGGUUAUGGUUUUUUCCGUGAUGCACACUUUUCACCGCAAGAAGAGGCCGAUGCAGUUUGCAAAUAUAUCGAUGAUAACAUAGAUUUCUACAAUUCUAAAAGUGAUAUUAAGAUAGCCAAAGCCAGGGCCAGACGGAGAGCACAGACAUUGGCUAGCCAUUCUAGUUUCGGUGCACAAGAGCCACAAGGCUUGAUGCAAAUCGAAAAUGACGAUGCUGAGAAUACAUUAAAUACAAGCGAACCUGAAUAUUUGCCAGCUCUUCCAGAAGUGAAAAGUGCUGCUGAGUCACCACAUGAUAUAUACAGAUGCGAACCAUGUUACAUAAGCUCUCCACGUCACGGCUCAAAUAUUACGUCACCCAGAACGAAGGUGACGUUAUCUUCAUCCGAUGGAUUGACACCCAGACUACUGUGUUCACGGCUUCUCUUGACUAAGAGAAUAUUAGCAUCAAAAGAAACCUUAUCAUCUAAAAAUAAUAAAUCUGCAAGAAGCGGCGCAGUCCCGAUCACGACACCCCGCAAGAUCCGGUCUAAAUUACUCACUAUAAAAUCUUCAAGGUGUAUAAAUCUAUCUCCCGCUCAGAAAAUAUUGCAAAAAUUUCAAGUACUUAAAAAGGAUGACCCUUAA